AUGUCACAUAUACUACUUCGCUUUAAAGACCUGCAACUUGACGAUGACGAUUACGCAAUCCUCCGCAAUGAAAAGAUCACUGGUCGUGGUUUUUUCAAGUUAACCGAACAAAAGUUUAGAGACGCUAGUUUCAAAGUUGGACCUGCAACGAAUCUUGCAGACUUCGCCAAGGAAGUCAAAGAAAAAAAAUUGAAAGCAUAUUCAUCGUAUAAAACUUUCUAUCCUGUAACGGAGAAACUCGAAGAGAAUGAUGAAGAUUUACAAUAUUGUAUAGACGACAUUAAAUAUAGAAUGGUCGACAUAGGCUCAGCAACAGGCAGUAAUGAAGCCCUGCGUUGCGAGUACAUUUCUACAAUAUUACAUUCAUGCCUUUAUAUUGCCGGAAGAACCACCAAAGAUACAAUCGUCCUAAAACCCCAGUUAGAAAUCGCCGGUGAUGAAGCGUCAGGUCGUGUUGACUAUGCUAUCAAAAAAAUAAAAAAAGUUGCCAAAUAUGAAGAACUUAUUUGCAUUACUGAAGGGAGCUCCUUUGAUAAUGAAUUUGACUAUCUCUAUGGUAUUGUUAGUACAGUAGAUAUUGAUAUAGAAAUAAACUAG